AGUUUUCCUCAGUUCUUUUCUUCAGUUAAACACACUGUGAAGAGUCCAAAAAGAAAAAUGAUGCGCGCACACAGGGAGGGUGCUUUGAUGAGGAAAUCAUCGCCGUCGGUGAUGAAAUCAAGAAUAUUAACGGCGGUAGCCAUUGGGAUUUCCAUGGGUUGCCUCUUCGCUUUUCUAUAUCCUCACGGUUUCCUCUCUUUCUCCGCUGCUGCUUUCCGCUCUCGCCGCUUCCAGAUUCUAUCUUCCGACUGUGAACCGUCUGAAAGGUUGAACUUGUUGAAAUCGGGGUAUGCGGCGGCAUACGAGAAAAACAAAGAUUUGCAACGACAGGUUAAGGAGCUAACUGAAAAGGUUAGGUUAGCUGAACAAGGGAAGGAACAUGCAAAUAAACAAGUUGAAGCGUUGGGUAAACAGAGUAAAGCUGGGCCUUUAGGAACUGUUAAAGGUUUAAGAACGAACCCCACAGUAAUUCCAGAUGAACUCGUUAACCCGAGAUUGGCUGAAAUUCUGGAAAAUGUUGCUGUCCAAAGAGAGCUUAUAGUGGCACUUGCAAAUCGGAAUGUGAAGGCAUCGUUGGAGGUUUGGUUCACUAGCAUUAAGAGAGUUGGCAUAACUAAUUAUUUGGUUGUUGCCUUGGAUGAUAAGAUUGCUGAAUUUUGUGAGUCGAAUGAUGUUCCUGUGUAUAAGAGAGAUCCUGAUGAAGGGAUUGAUACCAUUGGGAGGACAGGGGGUAACCAUGCUGUGUCGGGAUUGAAAUUUCGUAUCCUGAGAGAGUUUUUGCAGCUGGGGUAUAGCGUUCUCCUUUCGGAUGUCGAUAUUGUGUAUUUGCAUAACCCUUUCAAUUAUCUUUACCGGGAUUCGGAUGUGGAAUCCAUGACUGAUGGCCAUGAUAACAUGACUGCUUAUGGAUUCGAUGAUGUCUUUGAUGAACCUGCAAUGGGAUGGGCUCGAUAUGCACACACGAUUCGGAUAUGGGUUUAUAACUCCGGUUUCUUCUAUAUCAGACCAACAAUUCCUUCAAUCGAGCUUUUAGAUCGCGUGGCUAGUCGCCUCGCGAACGAACCAAGGUCAUGGGACCAGGCGGUUUUCAAUGAGGAACUCUUUUUCCCUUCUCAUCCCGAGUACGAAGGACUUCAUGCUGCUCGGAGAACCAUGGAUUUCUAUCUCUUCAUGAACAGCAAAGUCCUUUUCAAGACUGUGAGAAAAGAUGCUAGACUGAUCAAGCUUAAGCCGGUCAUUGUUCACUUAAAUUACCAUCCUAAUAAGCUCGAGAGAAUGAAAGCUGUCGUCGAAUUCUAUGCUAACGGCAACCAAGAUGCACUGAAAGCUUUUCCGGACGGUUCGGAAUGGUAAAUUAUGCUUCGCACAAAUUCACCAGUGGACACCGGGUGUGAAAGACUAGUCCCGUAAACGGUUCAAACCGAAGCAUAUUCGUGACACGGACAUGAUUACACAUACAAAAUAAAAGAAAGUGGUUCCCUUCGCUUUAUUCCCCCUGCUUCUGCAGAAAGCAAAGAUAGGAUAUCUACAAAGGUAUAUGGUUUUACUUUAUUCCAUUUUUGCUUUAAAGAUUUGUUCUUCGACUGCUCCGGGUUUACAUUGCAAAGGUUUAUAACAGUUCAAAGUUCGAAUCGAUCGACAUGUAACUCGAUUCAUUCACUUUUCAAUAUGUAUGUUAAUGUGGAGAAGUACUUAACCAGGGUUUGUGCUUGAGGUCUUUCAUUUAGAGAAUAA